UGUCAGUCUAAUGUAACCUCUGAAAGUUUUGCAAAAUCUUUAAAGUUUUCAUAAAAUGAUAAGGAACAUCUUUCGUACCAGCCGUUGGCUGGUACUAAGGCAGAUCAAUAAUUUUACCCCUAUUGUAUUAAAUCAAUGUGUUCCACUAAAUAACUGCAAAACUAGCUCUUGUCUUCCGAAUAGAACAUUUUUGAGAAAUUCGUCAAAUAGUUCACAAAUUUCAGAAUUAGUGGAUCCAGUAGUUUAUGAAGAGAUCUGUAACGAAACCCUAGAAUCUUUGUGUGAUUAUUUUGAAGAAAUUGUGGACCAAUCGUCCAAUUUAAAAGGCGCGGACGUAACAUACAGUGAUGGAGUAUUAACAGUAGCACUUGGUCCAGAAUAUGGUACUUAUGUAAUAAACAGACAAAGUCCAAACAAACAAAUCUGGCUUAGCUCUCCCGUAUCUGGACCUAAACGUUAUGACCUUAUAUUAAAAGAUGGAGGAUAUUGGAUGUACAAGCAUGACGGUGUAACUUUACAUAAGCUGUUACAAGAUGAAAUAUCAAAAAUUGUUGUUACUAAAGUAGAUUUUGGAAGUUGUAGUCACGCUUUUAUUUAAAUUGUUAUGUUAUUUUUUGUUAAAUAUUAA